AUGAAUAUAGUUGAUACUACUACCUGUCUACUUUGUGGCACUGAAGAUGAAACCAGGGACCAUGUUUUCUUUCAGUGUAGGUAUAGCCAAUUAUGCUGGAAAGGGAUAAAAGAUUGGUUACUCUGGCAGAAUGAAUCGAAUAAUUUGGAUGUUGUUAUCAGAUGGAUUGAGAGACGUAAAACUGGAACUUUCAGACUGGAAGUUUGCUCUGCAGCUAAUAUUGCUUUGGUGUACCAUCUGUGGAGAAUUCGAAAUGAUGUUCUUUGGAAUCACAAGCUUCUAAUUUCGGAUAGGUGUAUUAUAAGAAUUAUUGAUGAGGUUAUAAAUCGUUGUAAUAAUGUGGAUGUAAAUAAGCUUAGCAUAAAUGAUAGGAAUUGGCCUAGGAAAACUAUAACUAGAUAG